AAGGCACUAACUAACCCCCACUGUACUUGAUCAUUGAGGCCUAACAAAAAAAAAACACUCUUAAAAAAAGAAAGAAAAAGACUUAGCUAAUUCUUGUUGAUCUCCAAAAUUUUAGCUAUGGGAUCCGCAGCAGAUAUCAAAUUGCCAACACAAUCACAAGAAGAGCGCGAUUGUACGGUUGCCAUGCAGCUACUAUCAUCAUCAGUUCUCCCCUUCGUGUUGCAUUCGUCAAUCCAAUUAGAAGUAUUCGAAAUACUUGCAAAAGAAGCUAAGGCCACUAAACUAUCUGCUUUAGAAAUUGUUUCACACAUGCCUAACUGUAAGAACCCUGACGCGGCCAUUAUGCUGGACCGGAUGCUUUACGUGUUGGCUAGUUAUUCGUUGCUCGAUUGCGACGUUGUUGAGGAAGAAAAUGGGGUGGCUAAAAGGUGCUAUGGUUUGUCUGGUGUGGGGAAAUUCUUUGUCCGUGAUGAAGAUGGUGCGUCCAUGGGGCCAUUGUUGGCUUUGCUUCAAGAUAAAGUAUUCAUUAACAGCUGGUGAGUUUUGUCUUUUCACGGUAUUUAUUCCUCUUUUUAAACCCCACUAACAAUAUAUUAUCACCUUUUAAUCACAAGAUUCUUAAAUUUUUAACCAUUUUAGGAUCAUGCCAAUUUUAUGUAUGUGGUCUAUUUUAGUAUAACCCAACUUAUAAUGGAGUAUACAUUACUUAC